GGGCCGGAAAAUCCGUAUAGAAUGAACCAACGUAGAAGGACAAAAGUACCCUUUAAGUUUUCAAAUGUGGUUCUUGAGAUCGGAAUGUUUGCUAGCCGGGAUAAUUUCCUUGUUGGUUGGAGAGGGCCUGCUUCCGGGGUUGACUUUCUUAUUGACCCGUUUGAUUAUAGCUGUAAGUUUCUUUUCACUAAAGAUAACGCUUUCUCUUUUAAGGGGACGAAGAAUCAUGCAGUGAUAAAAUGCAAUUUUAAGGUUGAGUUUUUGGCGAGAGAAGUUAACGACAUUAAAGAUUGCUUGCAGUCGCAUAGGGUUUUGAUUUUUCAGUUGGUAUCGGCUCCUCUUAUUAGCUAUAGAACGGCUGAUGAUGAUAUCGCUAUCACACAUUCGUCAGAAAUGUUGGAUGAUGUUGAUCCAUGGAUCCGGACCACCGAUUUUACGCCAAGUGGGGCUAUUGGGAGAUGCCAUACUUAUCGCGUUUUGAUCCGGAGUCGAGAUGUACGGAAGGCAAAAAAAGCUUUAGCUUUUUUUAGAGAACAAAGUGUCCCUAUCGAUCAAUUAAGAACAAAGCCUAAGGUACAGAAUGAACCAGAAUUCGGGAUUCCAUUGCGAUAUCCGUUUUUUUGUAUUCAAUACGAAGACGAUAUAUCCUUUAGAGUUUUGUUCUUGGUUAACGCAUGUUUGCACAGAGGCAUCAUCAACCAGCACCAAUUCUCGGAAAAAGUUUUCGAUCUGUUGAGAGAUCAAUCUGUGGAGGUUAAUGUGGCUGCCCUGAAGCAUAUAUGUUCACAUCGUCACCCUCUAUAUGAUGGGUUUACUCGAUUGAAAAUCGUUCAAGAAUGGCUACUGAAUAAUCCAAUGCUUAUUGAGAAAAAAAUAGAGCAAAAAGACAUAACCGAAGUUCGGAGAUUGGUCAUUACGCCAAGCAAAGCCUAUUGUCUACCACCAGAAGUUGAGCUAUCUAAUCGUGUUCUUCGGCAUUAUCGAAAAGUUUCUAUGUGA